AUGCAUAGGGGCAAUAAUGGGAAAGAGAUGGAGAAGCAAAGUGAAUACAGCCAAAAAAUGUACAAGUAUGCCACCCAGGAGUUAGGCAAUCAGUCUGCUGGGUGUGAUUGUCAGUCCAUGCCAUCACGGCUAGGCCCAUCUGCCAUCUUGGACUGGGUUACAUGGACAGUGAAACAUGGUGGAAAUUGUCCCACACAUUUCAUGGGUACUAGCUCGAUAAUGAAUACUACUUGUAAGAGACUUGUUUCUGCGCUGUCAGUUUUGAAAAGUCAGGGUGUUUCUCUGUCUUCUGAGUGGAAAAAUUACAGUGUUGGGUACAAUGGAAAAACUCGAGAGCAACAGCUACGAUCUUUGAGAAAAAAGAUAGCUGAACACAAGAAAUCCAGCGCUCAUAACAAGGCCACUGCAUUGUUACAGCAGAACACAGAGGACAUUAUUGGGAAAUGUGUUGACAGUGCAAAAAGGCGAGAUCACGAAACUACCUGUAAAAUAUUUUCUACUGCUUACUACCUUGCAAAACAAAAUCGACCCUAUUCUGAUCAUCAGGCCUUACUGGAACUGCAAGAAAUAAAUGGUGUUAAUGUGGGAACUGGUCUUCAUUCCAGAUACAGCGCCACUCAAAUUAUCAACCACGUUUCUGAUGAAAUGGUCAAAAAGGCCUGUGAGAGAAUAAUACACAUCGAUGGAAAAAUUGCUGUGUUAAUUGAUGAAUCAACAGCUCUGAAUGGUUCCCCAGCACUUAUUGUGCAUCUCAAAUGCGAGACAGACAAGACACGUGACCCUCACUUCAUGUUUUUGGAGUUAGUUGAACUUUUUGAUCAGUCAGCUGAGUCCAUAGUGUUAGCGCUUACUAAGUGUCUUCAAAAACACGGGUUUGACCAUGCAUACUUACAGAAGAAUCUUGUUGCAUUUGCAAGUGACGGUGCAAGUGUAAUGCUUGGGAAAAAAUCUGGUGUGGCAAAACGAAUUUCAGACAUGUACCCCAACAUUGUUGUCUGGCACUGUCUAAAUCACAGACUCGAACUUGCAGUUGCCGAUAGUGUUUCUGAGACUACUGGCAUGAACCAUUUUCAUUCUUUCAUGGACAAGCUAUACUCAGUCUACAGUAGAUCAGCACUAAAUCAGCAAGAACUCCGAAAUUGUGCGAAGGAACUGGAUGCUGUCUUGAGGAAAAUUGGUCGUGUACUGGAUGUGAGAUGGGUUUCCAGUUCGUUCAGGACUGUCUCCGCUGUGUGGGAAAGUUUUGAAGUUCUGUCGACUCAUUUUAAAGCUGCCGUAAGCUCUAAGCGGACUUCUGCUGAAAGAGCGACAUACAGCGGUCUACUGAAAAGGCUGUGCUCGCCAGAAUUUCUCAUUGACCUCGGAGUUAUGUACGAUGCCUUAUACGAACUUUCACUGCUGUCAGAGAUUCUCCAGAAACGGACUACUACAUUGGUUUAUGCAGAUAAAAUGGCACGUAGAACAGUAAGGAUUUUUGAAUCCAUGAAUGAGAAUGUAGGUACAAAGACUCUUGAAGCGCAGAUAGCUGCCAUGGAAGGAACAUUUAAAUCUACAGUGCUGACGUCGAAUCCCAAACAUGUAAAAAUAAAUCAUAAACAAUUCCUUACCAAACUCGCCAAUCAUAUGAAAGAACGACUUUUUACAACCACUGCAUCAAAUGAGAAGGCUUCUUCCGAGGUGAAUUGCCAAAAAUAUGAAAGUCUUCUUUCUGAGCUCUUGGUCCUGGAUCCACACCACUGGCCUGCAGAACUACCCCAGGGUUAUGGCGAAAAUGAAGUUGAAAGAUUGUGUCGGCGCUUUCAGCUAAAUGAACGUAUUAUCAAAAAUGCAUUUCGAGAUUUUAAGGAGAACAACGGAAGAAUUCCAGAUGAUUUAGCUCCACUUAUUAACUGCACACGUGUGAUCCCGUGCAGUACUGCUGAAUGUGAAAGGGGAUUCAGCCAAAUGAACUUAAUUAUAACUGAUCAGCGUUCCAAAAUUUUAAUCAAACAUGCUUCAGCCUUAAUGUUUAUCAAGCUUCAUGGACCCCCUUUGAGACAGUGGAAUCCAAGCCCUUAUGUGACCACUUGGUUGCGACACAAUCAUCGAUCCGCAGAUGACAGCCGUACACGGGUGGCAGCUCCAAUUUCCAGCGACUCCCCUGACGCUCUGUGGCAGUUCCUAUAGUUGACUAAAAACAACCUGUGAUUGGUAAGUGCAACUUUUAAUUUUCUAUAGAGAGGGGAGAUUUUACAGAAAUUUGUUAAGUAAAAUAUGUGUUAUAUUAUUAUUAAAAAAACCCCGAUUAAAUCGCGUUAAAUGGAAAGUGGGCGUAACUGUUAAUACCUCGUUAACUAUUUAAUUGAUUCUCAUUGGGACCGCUCCGCUACUUUU